AUGCCAGACAGUAGAUCGGCCAAAGAAAUGCUUCUUUGGGAACCACCCGGAAUACAAAGAAGAGGGAAACUUCGAACACGACUAGUAGAUGUUUGGAGAAACGAUCUUGAAUCUAUCUCACUAACUGUUCCAGAAUUAGAACAACUGGCACGAGACAAAGCUGAAUACGGAAGAAUGUGUGACACGAAAUCUACAAAAUUUGACAACGACAUUCUAUACAGUACACAAUUAUUUACACAUUGUCCAAAUAAAGCUAUAGCAUUUAGUUUUAAGCUAAUGCCAGGUUUUGAAUUAGGUGUUAAAGGACAAGGUUUAACUAUUAAUUUGAAUUUAAGUAAUUUAAGUGUAAUAAUUAGCUUAGUUUUAGUAUUAUUUUUAGAUUAA